AUGGCAAUUGAAGGAGAAAGAGGGAGGGGAACAAGCCCUCCAACUGUAAAGAUAGGGGAGGCUCCGCAGAAGGAGAUCCAAGCAGGGAGAUUUCGGGAGAUCUGUCCCAUCCACCAGCAGCCUCCACCGCGAGUCCCCUCCUUCCUAGGAGAUUUGUCCCAUCCACCCACCUCCUUGAUUUGCCAACCGAGCCAAACCAGCGCGCCGUCGCACACCUCUCCGCGAUCCCCUCGUCCUCGGCCUGCUCGAGUAGUCAACAUUUGGCCACCGCGACGAGCCUACUUCCCCUGGACGUGUCCAACGCCCGCAGAGGCAGUCGCCCGAAUAGCUUCCGAUCCUCAAGCCGGAGCUGGAUCUAGCCCACCGCCGCGCCCUCAAACCAACCGUGUCAUUGCCAGAGCUGCUCCAGGCCAUCCCCGCGUCGCCUCCAGCCAACAGCAGGAGCUCGGAGUUGCCGCCAUGGAGACCCGCGCUCCUGUUUCUGUGUGUUGCCUUUGUCAGACCAGCUCCAUGCCCGUCGUGGCCUUGCUCCUCGCCCGGUUCAGCGUCGCGCCCGUUCGUCCAGCGCUCGAGGCAGCCACCUCAUCUGCGUUGCCCCUCUGUCGCAAGCCAGCAGGGGAGGAACUCCUCAACCGCGCCAACCAGCGAGCACGCACCCCGUUCCUGCGCGCGCCUCGGUUGCCAGACCAGCAGAUGAGCACCGUCCCUUUCCUAUUCCCUUCCCUUGUCCUUCCUUCUCUCUUGCCCAUCUCUCUCUCUCUCUCUCUCUUUUUGUGGUGUACCAGGGGCAACAGCCGCAUCGGAUGACAUGGAUGCCCAGCACCCAGCUCUGUCCCCGGUGGUGGAGCUCCGCCUCACCGUCCCAUCGCCCGCCCGUGUUCUCUUUAGGAAGUCGGACCCCUCCUUCCGUGCGCCCUCCGCCAUGGAGCUCCACCUCUGAGCGAGGAAGAUACAACCCCGUCUAUUCAUCUCUGAAGCUAUAACCUCUUUGUUUCCUUGUGAGCAUCGUAUCUGAAUCAUAUUUCUUUUUGUACAUCCGUUUCUAUCACGUGGAGGUAAUACAAAGUUGGCACUAGUUCAGUCAA